AGCCUGCCAAGGCAGCAGCACACAGCCAGCCCAGCAGCUCUACACACUGCUGUACUGCGAGCACCAGGAUGCCCGACACCAUGCUGCCCGCCUGCUUCCUCGGCCUGCUGGCCUUCACCUCUGCUUGCUACUUCCAGAACUGCCCGAGGGGUGGCAAGAGGGCCAUGUCCGACCUGGAGCUGAGACAGUGCCUCCCCUGCGGCCCCGAGGGCAAAGGUCGCUGCUUUGGGCCCAGCAUCUGCUGCGGGGACGAGCUGGGCUGCUUCGUGGGCACAGCGGAGGCGCUGCGCUGCCAGGAGGAGAACUUUCUGAGGUUGCCCUGUCAGUCAGGCCUGAAGAUUUUGGGAGUGGGACACUGUGAUGCCCUGGGCCAGUGUUGCAACUAA